AUGAGCUACUCUGGCGGAAAUAUUCUUUACGAAGGCCGUUUGAAGCGAUGUAUGAAGUACAAAAUAUUUAAGACAAAAUGGAUCGAACGAUAUUUUGUCCUCUACUGUCGAGAUAGCGAUAGAAACCUGUACGCAUUGGACGAGUACACCACAUUCAAGAAGACUGAACUCAAAAACACAUUUGAAUUGGAAAAUGUGUUCAGGCUCGAGUCAAAUUUAAUACUCAACGAUCCAUCUCUAGCUUGUUCUUCUUCAUCCGAACGUCUCAGCUGGAUAUUUGCAUUGACUUUCAAAGUUAAUGGGAAUCGAAAGGACCUCUACCUUGUUGCAAAUAAUAAAGAUGACAUGAAUGAUUGGGUGCGCAGAUUUUGCAGUUGUUGUAAGCUGCAAAGAGAUACAACUAUUCGAAGACCAUAUAUCAUUUCUGCUCAAUCGGCUUCGACUUCAUCCGUUACUGGACUAUCAGUUUCCUCUGAUUCCUUAGAAGGUUCUGAUACCGAAGGAAACCAGAAUGAUUUUUAUGAUUCGAAAUCUGGUGACAAUAACUAUCGCAACUUGCAAAAGUCGGAAUCUGAGAGCAAAUUUAGCAACGGAGGAAGAAAGUAUUCAAAGAAGAAGCAAAGCAGUCAAUCUAAUCCAACUUCUCCAAUGGAAGCAAGUUUGAACAUAUUCAAUCAAGAGGAUAAUGGAAGUCAACAGAGAAAGGGUCUGAUCUCGCCUGAAAAAGCUCGCGCUUAUCACAAUCUGCGCACUUUCUCAGCGGCACGAGCCAAUAACACUCUUCCCAAGGACAUGAAUUACUCGAAUCUGAAUGUGUCAGCUCUGUCAGAUGGACGUGAGGUUGUUGAGUCGUGUUCGGAGACGUCGUCAAUGUAUUCUGGAAGAAAAACGAACGAAGAUGAUGCGAACAGCACUAUUAGUGGGCCACCAAUGCCUCCUCCACGAGUGAAAAAUAAAAGAGGAAUGUCGACGGAGAGAACAUUUGCAAAGAAUAAACAAAUCACAAGACUUAAUAGUCUGGCAGCAAGCACAUCGACGUCUCCUCUGCCCACCACGAUUGAGGAUGACAGCAGUAGCGACACUAUAAAAUUGAAUCCAACCCAAACCUAUGCACCUUCAGUUGUCUCUUUAGACAGCGAUGCUUUCAAUCCGAAAUCACCACCACCGGUAGAUCGAACAAACAAGCCCAAAAACUUAAGGUCUAAUGAUAAUGUAACAAAUCGAAGACGCGAUGGAGAUACUACAGAUAUCGGAACUAGCACAAUUCGAUUCACAUCAUUUACGAGAGGAACAGUUGGAUCAUCGGAUAUCUCGAAACGCAAGAACUUAGACUAUUUCGAGCCUUUAACCGACGGUCUGAUGUUCACUGCAAACUCGACGCGGUCACCAACCCCUUCCGAUAUUGAGUAUAUUACCGUCGAUGUAGAUCGAACCCUCGCUUUCAAGCAAAUGCGACGAGUCGAAUAA